CAAACAAGCCGACAAAGAAGGAACUCUUCAAGCAGCGUAAGCCACGGACAGACACGAUGCUCGGUAUAGCGUAUCCGGAGGUGCCGUUCGUCCCAUUCUUCGGAACACCAACUUCACGGCACAACUUCUGCGAAGAGGAUCAUAUUGUGACUUCGUUCAUUGGUGAAUUCAUCAACACACUGUCCAAUAUAGCCUACAUCUACUAUGCCGCGCGAGGGUUACAACGACUUCGACAUGUGCCUCACUCACGACAUGCAUCGCUCCAAUACUACGGUCUGGCGACUGUUGGUAUAGCCUCAGCAAUAUUCCAUUGCUUGCUGAAGUACCAUUCUCAGAUGGGUGACGAUUUAUCAAUGCUCUUUGCUGCCGGAGCAGUCUUCCAUCGUAUCUGGACGUUUGACAAAUCAGAGAGAACACAGACAUGGGCAGCUGUAGCCGUGUUCGGAUUCUUGAUACUGUUCUCCACCUGGCAUAUGAUCACCAACGAGAUACACGGUCACGCGCUUCUCUUUGGCAUCAUGGUGGUCGUUGUCGCGUACAAAACUGUAAGAGUCCUCAACGAGCGAGCCAAACCCGUUGAAAAGCGACAACUCGGCAAGCUGGCUUUGAUCGGCAGUCUCUCGUUCGCGAGCGGCUAUGGAUUCUGGAAUCUCGAUUUCCUUGCCUGCGAUACACUGAAUGAGAUACGGCACACUGUGGGCAUGCCACUGGCUUUCAUCCUCGAGCUACAUGGCUGGUGGCAUAUUCUUACUGCUGUCGGUGUGUACGUCUGUAUGGCACUUGUGGAAUACCUCACCGAGCCUGACGCCGGAAGCCACGGAUUCGCAUGGCCCGCAAGUUCAUUCAUCGGCAAUGCUGCGGCCGGAGCAGCGGAGCGCGGCCCUGUAACCAUGGAUUCCAAGCUACCGAUCAACAGCGAGUCCUUUCGCUCAGCAAAGAUGAGAGAGUAAAGCACGUUGGCAAUUGGUGUCGUGCACGUCGAACUUGGCUCCAGAUUAUCCUAUCACAAGCCUUGCGCCGAGAACUGGUGAUCCUUGGCGGCUAAUGUCAAUGUCGUAUCACGGCCCGGCUGUUGACCUCACAGCUGCCUAAUGCAGCCUAGAAUGAGACAUGAAUGCUACGAC